AUGGAGUCACCUUCCACUAGCAGAAUGGACGACACAGUUUCCACUACGAAAACAGAUGGUUUCAGGAUUUCCUUGGAGCUUAUAAUGUUGCCUCUAACUCCUCCUCUAGACUUGUUCGACACCCCACCUACAAACUUUUGCGAUGAAUUUGCCCAUCUGCAGUAUUUCUUCGUCCCGCAGCAGGUACCAGAGCCACGUGUGGCCAUUAUUGGAGUUGGCUAUAUUGGAGCUCAGCUCGUGAAAGCUUUCUCCAGACAUUAUAUUGUCAUUGCAUUUGAUCUGAGCGAAAGCAGAUUACAAGAGGUCUGUCAGGAAUUGAGAGGCUUGCAGAUCACAUAUACAGUCGAUCCUGCACACUACGGUACAAAACUGGUUUACAGUAGCCAUAUUUAUCUAAAGUAG